AUGAAUUUAAAAGGAGAGAAGACUACAUUUUCCCCACAUCCAUCUGGUUACUUGAUAGAUACCGCAAGUCAGCCAUCUUUAUCCAUGAGGUCAACACUUUCUGGGACAAGUGAUAGUCUCGAUGACCCUGAUGAAGACCGAGCAAGACCGAGGACAUUUCUACAUUCCUCAUGGACUUCACAUGGAAUUUCAACAUCCCAAAUUCAUCAUAAUCCAUACAUAGGGGCACACAAAUCUGUAUAUCCUAGUUUCAGCAAGAGCAAAGAAUCAGAACAAUCUUUGAGGAAAUCUAGAUUUCAAGACCAGUACUGGGCGUAUGCCAUUCCAGACACUCUUCCACCUUGUCCAGAUCGAAAGUCUCCACACUGGGAUCCUAAUAAAGAGUAUCAAGACUUGCUCGAUUACACAUAUCCUAUGCAUCCAAAGUACCAUAUUAGUAAAGAAAGUGAGGACACAGACUCUGAUCCCUUUUUUAAUGACUCUGGGAUAGAUCUUGACAGCUAUAACAUAUCGUGCGACAACAAGUUAAACUCUACCAGCAUGCCUUACCAAGAACAUAAACAAAAAAGAGAGAGAUAUUCAAGGACAAAUCUUCUAAGUUCACCAUAUGCCUUUUCAACACCUUUCAAGACACCUGUUUAUCAGCGUUUACACAAUCCAUCUGAGUCUUCUAAUGAAAUGUCUUUUGAGGAGCACAUUCCAUGUGCCAAUAAAUCAGACCUUGUUAAAGAGUCUAGGUAUGAUUAUCUUCCCAAAUACACUAUGUUUGAGUCCACAUUCUUUACUACAAACAGUGUCCCGAGAGGAAAUGUUGAGAAAUCAAGUUGCUUUAUUCCUACUUCUAAAAUUCUUCUUCCUCACAAAGAUGUUGACAGUGAUGAGGAGUAUAUGAGGUUACCGUCAAAUCUUAAAGAGUUGGAGAGCUUGGCCACCCAUUUAAAGGACCUGUCUUUAAGUGCAAGUGAGACUAGAUACUCUGAAUAUGUGCAAGAUGGCGACAGUCGACCGCAUUGGCAGUCGUUUGGAAAUACUGAAGAUUUACAUGAACUCAAGAAAGGUGGAGAAUAUGAGCAUGGUAGCUACAGGGGUCAGAGCUUGAUACUUGAUGAAUCGUCCAUUCCACAUGCCUUCCCCGACAUAAGUGGAUGUUCCCCAAUGCAAACAGUCCAAGAAGCCAAGACACUUAUUCAAAGCAUUCAGGUAAAACAACGUAAUUUUAGGCUUGAGCCAAACCUUUAUUGACAUUUUUAAAAUGCAUCCUAUAUAGUAUUUAAUGUGCUCUGCAGGUCUGAUUUUACAUAGCACCUGAUAUGUCAAAGAUAGAUGAUCUGACACAAAUUUUAUAGAGAGCAAAAAAUAACAAUCUUAACCAUUUUAAAAAUGCAUUAUUACAGUAAUUUCCUCAUUUUUGCAAUGAACCUCCUGCACAUCUGAUUUACAGCCCUCCUCCCCCCGCCCCCCUUUUAACUUCUCCAGGCAUGCACCUAUAUCUUUUUCCACAUAGGUUCCUAAUUUAUGGAAUUCUUCUUUUUAGGUUAAUAGCUGAUGCCAAAUGUCAAUAGGGCUAGAUGGUUAAUUAUAUUAUCAGAUUAGGUUUAUGUGUUGAUCCAGUUAAUAAUUUAUGGUAACUUAGCCUGUGGCUAAAUAGAAUUCCAGAAAGGUAAGUGAUUUUUUUUUUUCUCCCUCUUCUUUUUUUUUUUUUUCUUGAGAGAACUGUUAAAGGAAAACAAAAUCUGCUUUUGUGAUAAAAUCCAAUUAACUAAUUAGGCAUAAUUGAUCACUAAUGAUCAAAUUUAUCUAUUAUAGAUAGUUAAGAUGGCACUUGGCUUAAUCUGUGUCGCACUAAGAAAUUCAACCUGUGUCGCACUAAGAAAUUCAACUAAGAUGACAUUGCCAAAAAAAAACUUAAACUGUGUCGCACUAAGAAAUUCAACUAAGAUGACAUUGCAUAAAAUAUUCCAUAGCAUGUCUGGCCAAUAUCCAAAAAGGCCCACGUGCUGAAAAGAGGGAUUUGGUGCCAACAAUGUGUAGCAAGAUAAAAGUAGGGACAUAGAAUAAGAUACCGCAUGUGACUGGCCUGAUCAACCAUACUGAUUACUUAAUGCGCAUGACAAGAUACAUGCUGAUCUGCACUGAUAAGAAACCUUGGAAAAUUUACAAACUUGGUAAAAGGUAUAAAACACGGAGAAACUUGGCACUCACUUGGAGAACUACCCACCUGUAAUGUGGACGCGUGUUGCUGGUCUCUGCUGUUCCCAGAGAGGGUCACUCCAAGCCUGACUGCCAGUUCCCCCAGUCACGUGCAGAGGACACAACCAAGCCCCUCUUAUGGUGAUGUAUACUUAAGCUGAUAUAUCUAGAUACUAAGCUGUUGAAGCGAAUGCAUGAAACUACUUAAUGAGAGUUAAGCUUACUCUGUAUUGGGUCCCCUUGUGGACAAUAAAGUGUGGUGUGAAUUCUUAUCUGCAACUUGGUCUCUGUGUGGUUUCUUUUUCCUAUAGCCCAAGAUACUCAUCCCAAACUGGGUUAUGUGCCCGCCAAUAUCGUUAUAAACUUUAUUAGGUAAUUGAUUGUUACUUUUUGGAUAUUGGUGCUUCAUGAAUUUAAUGAUUAGGCACAACAGCUUCUCAUUCUCUCAGCGGAUCAGUGGUGCCCAAGGCACAAGCUUUUCAUUUUGAUGCGAAGUGGACAGGCGUCAUGACGAGAACUUUAGCAUUAAACUGCUCAAAAACCGUUACAUUCCAAAGAGUGCACAGGACCUCCAGACCCCCAUAAUGACUUCAUUGACAUGAAGCUGUAAUGAGGCCAGGAGUGGUCUUUAAGCAAUUUAACUUUUAUUAAUACAAUUAUAGCAUAAUGAACCACUAAUUUUAGAUUACAAGGCACAUUUGACAAAACAUUACUUGCUCUAUUACAAAUUGAACACUGCAGUAUUGAGGGUGGCACAGUUGUCAUUAUUGUAUGAAUCAAAUGCACCAAUAUCCACUUUGGCAAUAUUAUGUGUCAUUUUAAGCUUUAUUGCUAAAGCAUAGAGGUUCAAUCUAAAAAUAAAACCAUGUGAAAGCAUGACAUUCAAGUAUAAACUUUUUUCACAUAUGACUAUGCCCGUGUGAUACAUGCAGACUCACUGAAAAUUCACUUGAAUGCCUUUCGUGUUUUUGAUGUCAUCUAAUGUAUCCCUUUUCUAUAUUUUAAGUAGAAGUUUUGCCUUGACCUUGAGAAGCUUAUCCAGUGGCUUUAUGGUGUUGCUGAAACAGUAAACAACUGGAUUGCUCCAAAGCCUGAUGUGGAAAGUAUCCAGACUGCACUGAGCCAUUACCUGGUGAGUUAUAUGUUGGCAUUUAAUAGCAAAGAAUUUAAAUCAUUCUUCUCACAUAAGCAGAAACUUCCAUUUAUUCCUUGCAGGUAAUAGCUCUCUAAACGUGGUACUUAAAUAAAUACUAUGUCCAAAGGGCAUGCAUUUUUAAAGCAUAUUAAUAAUUCUUGCAAUUUGUAAGCCGGUUAGUUGCAGAACGGGCUACUUCAGCUAAUUAAUAACCACUCUCUUUAUUUUGCCUAGCACUUCUUUAAUGUUGUGCAUUGUGUAAUCCAGUAUGUCUCAUGUUGUAUAGAGAGACUAGUUUGUCAUCUGCCAGGCCUCCCACUACCCUUUUUGAGUGCUGUCCAUUGUCCCUAUCCCAAAGUGUAUUUUAUAUGUGCUGGACAGCUAUGCUUAUUUAAUUAUUUUAAUAUAUCUAAAGAGAAUCAAUACCGGUUAUAAAUCCCCACGUCCCUCCUCAUUCACCUUAUUUGGGUAUUCUUUCUGUCAGUGGCUUCCAGCCCAAUCAUUGAGGUACACCAACGAUUCAGGAUUUAGACAUUUUCCAAUGCUGUUCCAAUGGGAAUGGUGACAGAACCUGGACAGUUGGUUUACCUUGUGGAGGGCGAUGGGAACCUUUUUGUUAUUUAAAUACUCCUCAGAUGUAGGGGUUACCCAUGAAUUUUAAUGAGAGCGUGUUUGGGUAAUAGCAACACCACCUCCCACAUUUCAUCAAACAAGUUGGAUUAAUACUAAAUCGCAAAAGAAUAAUAAAAACAACUUUUUACAUGAUGCAUGAAACCACUCAGGAAUUGUCAGGAAUAUAACACACAUCCUUUGGAAAUUGCCUUUAUUAUAAAUGCGUGAUGGUUUUUCUUGCUUUCCAGAAAUUUAAGAAGGAUAUAGCAGAGCAUCAGGGACUGGCUGAAACUGUAGUAAAAAAUGGAGAAUUACUCCUAAAAUAUAUGUCUGUCAAUUCUUCUGGUAAGCUCUGAUACCAAAUCAAUGUAAUGUAGAAUGCAAUCUUAUAAUUAUGUUAAAGAAAAAAACAAUAAACAAGAUUUUGCAUAUUAUGUAAAACAUCCAAAGUCACAAAUUAUUUAUGUGCUUGCUAAUAAAACAGCUGUCGGUUAUUCUAGUGUAGAGUGUGUGUGAGUGAGACAUUUCUUUGACUGGUGUAGAAAGCGAGACCGAUGUUAUCGUAUAUCUUGGUAGCCCAAUAGAGUAGAUUAUUGUAGUGUUGUUAAAAUAAUACAUUAUGGUUUCGUUUAUACUUUCUAGUCAAUUGGAUCAAAUAUAUCAAUUUCCUUGCUAUUAACACUGAUGGUUUAAGAGUCAAUAUAAGUGCAGGACCACAAAAAAUCUCAUAGCAACAUAUAUUUUGACAGCGGAUUAAAAAAUAAAUAAAAAUCAAGGCGUGUGACUGUUUUGCAACAUUGUCUUCCACGUCUUUUCACUAUAGAAGGAAACGAGAAAGUGAUUAGUGUCUUUGCUAAGAUCAAGUAAACAUUUGUACAUAAAUAACUGCCAAGCCCUUCUCUAUGUGACAGAAAAUAUUUUCAAGGGACACUAAACACCAUAAUCGAUACUGCUGAUUAUAGUGGUUGUGAGGUCAAGAAGACUUUAGUUCCUUCAGAUUUUCUCAAAUUCCUUAUCAAUUUGUUUGACAAAAUAAAUUGUGUUCUCCUGGUACCCAAACAUGACAAAAUCCCUUCCUUAUCUUUCCAAAUAAGGACAGUAAUGAUAAGCUGUGGGUGCUGGAGAUGGCUUUCACAUGUAGAGUGAAACUCACAAAUAAGUUGGAAAAAAAAUAACCUACUUUUUAAGGUAUCAGUGUGGGAUGGUCCCUCACUGCUGUAGGUAAACAAUCAUAUAAUAGAACUAGUAAUCAAAUCCACUUGAAUCUUUUCUAUUAAAAUCAUUCUUUAUUUCUAAACAAUUGGAAGAAUUAUAAUAAUUAGUUUCACACAAAGUACAUACAAACUCAUGAAUUUUUUUUUUUAAUGUUAGGAAAUAAAUUAUUUUUUUUUUUUUUAUGGAAUGAAAGAUUCAAGUGGAUGUGACUUCUAGUUGUUAUGAGUGUAGCAUCCUUUUAAACUUUGGUAUAAUUUAUUUAAAAAAAACCUUUAUUAACCAUGACAUUGGAGUCUACUUCCUUUAUGUUAUGAAGUCUACCUGCUGUAUAACUAUAAUUCCUAUAAUCAUUGCAGGUAAUCCCCUCGCUAUGUUACUGUGUAAUCCACUAGCAAAGAUGAUCACACAAUGAGCUACCUUAGUAAAAUCCUACUAGCCCUUGUCUUGUAAAUUAGUGAGUGUGCACGCUUUACCUGCUUCCAUUUAUUUGUUUUGUAAUUUAUAACCUACAAUUUGAAUUUUUUUUUUUUUAUACUUUAACCUCAUGAUAGUUUUGAAGGACACUCUUGUAUUAAUUUCCAAACAACCGGGAGAACUAGAGAAACACUCGGAACGCCUGUAUGCAUCAGUUCUCAAAGCUAUGGAUACCGUCACUGAUGACAGCUUGGGGAGAAAUAGUAAUUUAAAAAAUGUCUCCAUGGAGAUGGAGUUAAGUUAG